UACAUUAUAAAAGAAAACAAGGGAAAGGGAAUUAAUUCGUCAACCUUUUGUCCGCUUCCUACACCCUCCGAUCACCGGGGUUAAUGGUCCCGGUGGCCGGAUCCUAAAUGCUAUACAUCUCUCCGUCAUACUGUAAUUUCCGACAUCCCCAAUCCAAUACGAUACAUGGAUACUCGAGGUACUCCUGAAAAUGCGAAGAAGGGUUUCCGAAUUCACUUCCUGCUGUUGCGACUCGCUCUCGCAUUUCUCUUCCCUAUCUUCGUCUUCGUCUUCUUAUUGGUUCUAAUCGGUUUCAUAGCUGUUCUAUUCGUGGACUUAUCAGUGGUCAGCCCAACCUCUGUUCCCUCCCAGUGCAAAAUAGUCUCCAGUAGUGUGGAUAUUAGGUCAUCUAAGGUUUGUGAACCUGAGCUGUUGAACAACGGGGGAAAACAUGUGUUUUAUCCCUUUGAUAGAAAUAAAUUCGGUUGCCGUUACGAUUACUAUUGGGCUUCUGUAUUUGAGGUGGAAUACAAACAUCAGUCUUUAGGGGAGACACAGGUUGCACGUGCUGAGGCUCCAAAUGAGGCCCUUCCUCUUGAUUGCAGGCCUAGCUUUGGUGCUGCAUGGUUGACUAAAGACAAAUUUAAGGUCAAUAAAACUUAUGACUGCUGGUAUACAUCUGGAAUUUCAAAAGUGAGCUUAUAUCGUGAUGGCUUUUUCAAUUGCCGAACAAAAGACCUUUCUUCAGCUGAGAAAAUGAGAUGGUAUCCCAUGCUGGUCAGGUCUACAAAGAUUUUGCGCUCCUGGGUUUCCAAUAAGAAGGGAAGAGCUGUAUACUGGAGGUGGGAAACUAUUGCUGGAGUUAUUACUGGUUUUUUGACUUCCUUGAUUACUAUAAGCUUUGUAAAAGUCCUAUCAUGGUUGCCUCGAUUAGCAAGGAUGAUUGCUGGGGCUGUCAAUCGAGUUUGCUUAAAACGUGCUUGCUUUCUUGUGGCAUACUUCUCUUUUAUGGGUUGGUUGGCUGUCCAAUAUGGAAAAAGGCUCGGCUUCCCUGAGAUUUACAGGAUAUAUAAUCAUUAGGCAUCACUUUCUUAGUUGUGUUUUGGGUGCUGAAGUACUACAAAGCAGCACCGAAUGCAACAUUUCUUGUGCAAAACUGUGUAAUUGAAUUGCUGCCUUGUGUGUCUUUACGGCAAAGACUCAAGGAUGUACAGUAAAAUUCGUCAUGCCGGAAAAAAUUGUUGUAAACAUCAUCCGACAUAAAGCAGCAGCUUGACAUAUAAUAAUGUGUCAAUGCAUCUGAAAGAAUUACGAAUUAAUAACAAAUCACCCUUCAUUUUCUGCCCCAUGGAAGGAUAUAUAUUCUGUAGAAUGAAUUUAUAAGAUAUCUAUUACAGUUUCUUUUA